AAAGAAAGAGAAAUGGCGCCAAGGAAAUGCUCUUCGUCUCUCGCUCCAAUCCUAGUCGGUAAUUGCGAGGUUUUGAUUGAUGCGAACAAGUACAGUUGCAACUCUGAUUCCAACAGCCUCCAAAUCUCUAUUUCGAAGUACACAAAUAUUAAAAUCUCGGUGAGGGAAGAGAUGAAUGCAAAGUCUGGUAAUGACCUUUUGCCCUCAAAAUCUGAAGGAAAAGGUGAGGAAGGUAGAUGUUCCGCUGUCAAAAAUAAAUAUAUGUUUGUGCUUGUUAAUCCUAAAGAUGUUGAUGGUGCUACAAAAUCUUAUCUUCAGGAAGCGCUGAAGUUAUACAAUGGGGAGUUACCGACAAUGAAUUAUGCUGCAAAUACCGGAAAGCAGUCUAUGUUUCUUGAAAGAUGUUUGUCAAAUGGGAAAUACUGCACAUUGCUUCUGAAGUAUAAGCCUGUUGAAGAGCUUGAGGAGGUUAUAGCGGCAAUCACUUAUCAAAUCAUCCCUGCUGACACACAGUUUGCGGAGAUCCCUCUUGCUGCUGUUAGUUCAAUCUAUCAGCAUAAGGGUUUUGGUCGCUUCUUGUAUAUGGAAUUGAAGAAGAGACUUCAGAGUGUUGGCAUUCGCACGAUAUUAUGUUGGGGUGACAAGGAAUCUGAAGGUUUUUGGCUUAAACAGGGCUUUGUGUCAAUUGCAGAAGUGGACAAAAAGGGUAGAGCUCGGAGGCUUCCUAUUAAGGCUGAUAUACGUAAAGCACUAUGCUUUCCUGGAGGUUCAACCCUUAUGGUUUCUCAUCUUAGUAAACAUGCUUCAGCUGCAGGAGAAUAUCUGAGCUUUUCUCAUCCACUAAAGCUUUAUGAGAAGUCUCAAUCCUCAGCGCCUGAUAAAUCUUUAGGUCAAAAAGCAGCCAAUGUUGCUGCCAAGCAGUGUUCUUGUUCCUCCCAAGGUGCAAAGAGGAAGGUUUGGGAAGCCUCAUUGUCCUCUUUGAAGACAAAAAAAGUGAAGGGAACUCAUCAACUUGACAGUCAUCAAAACGGCUGUCAGUUAGAUUCGAACAGGCAGAUAAUCCCAGAUAGUGACAGAUAUGGUUCUUGGCUUGAUGGGUGCUCUGUUUCAACAGAUAAAUCAUUGGUGGAAGUUAUUCCUGGAAUUUCUUUGAUAAAUAAUUCCAUGGAAAGUGAGACUCAAGAAGGUAGACCAAAUUGUAUGACACCAGAAGCACUAGCCACUAAAGAACUUCUAUCAAAUAGAGAUUGCUUUAGAAUUAUGUUGAUGAAUAUUGCUGAUGAUACAAAGAAAACACAUCUCACAAAGGUAAUUGAAAACCUUGGUGGCGCUCCAACCUCUGAGGGAAGGAUAAGCACACAUAUUGUAACAGGAAAAGUGAGAAAAACACUGAAUUUCUGCACUGCUUUCUGUUCAGGGGCUUGGAUAGUUUCACCGAGUUGGUUAAAAGAAAGCUUUAGGGAAGGAAAAUUUGUGGAUGAAUUGCCUUAUAUAUUACACGAUGAAGAUUAUGUAUUGAAGUACAGAACUGAGCUAAAAGAUUCAAUUUUUCGUGCAAAAGCAAGGCCUGGAGCUCUGCUUAAAGGAUAUAACUUAUGCAUAGCAGCUCAUGUUCAACCCCCUGUCACAACUCUGUCUGCCAUCAUCAAGUCUGCUGGUGGAAAUGUAAGCUCUAGACAUCUUGUUCUUGUGGCUACAAAGGUUGAUCUUCUCCCGUCACAAAUCUCACCUACUAGGUUAGACAGAUGGGUUAGGCACCGAGCUAAGGCUGGAGGAGCACCCAAGCUUAAUGGGGUAUAUUUGGUUAGUUCCCGUAAGGAUUUGGGUGUAAAGAAUUUGUUGUCAUUCAUAAAGGAGUUAGCAGGUCCUCGAGGAAAUGUGUGGGUUAUUGGGGCUCAAAAUGCAGGGAAGUCUACUCUAAUCAAUGCAUUUGCAAAGAAGGAAAAGGCAAAUACGACAAGGCUUACUGAAGCUCCUGUUCCUGGGACAACUCUUGGGAUUUUGCGAAUUGGGGGGAUUUUGUCAGCCAAGGCAAAAAUGUAUGACACUCCAGGGCUCCUACAUCCAUAUCUAAUGUCUAUGAGAUUAAAUAGAGAUGAGCAGAAGAUGGUUGAAAUACGAAAGGAGCUAAAACCUCGGACAUACAGAGUGAAGGUGGGGCAGGCUGUCCAUGUUGGUGGGUUGAUGAGGCUAGAUCUUAAUCAUGCUUCGGCAGAGACAAUUUAUGUUACAAUUUGGGCAUCACCAAAUAUUUCUCUGCACUUGGGGAAGGUAGAAAAUGCUGAUGAAAUACGGAACAAUCAUGUUGGUAUCAGGUUGCAGCCACCCAUUGGUGAAGACCGAGCAUCUGAAUUAGGCAAAUGGGAAGAGAGGGAAGUUAAAGUGUCUGGAAGUAGUUGGGAUGCGAACAGCAUCGACAUUGCAGCGGCUGGCUUAGGUUGGUUCUCCUUGGGCCUCAAGGGUGAAGCAACAUUGGCAUUAUGGACAUAUGAUGGCAUUGAGAUAACCUUGAGAGAGCCAUUAGUUCACCGAGCACCAUUUCUUGAAAGACCUGGGUUUUGGCUACCAAAAGCGAUAUCUGGCAUUGGCAACCAAAGUAAAGUCGAGUCCCAGAAAAGGGAAAAAAAAAAAUUGAUGCAAAGUACAGACUACCUUUCUGAGGUUUCUGCUUGAAGUGGAUUAGUUAUAGUACAAAGUCUUUAUAGUCUUUGUCAGUGACAUGAUACAGAUAGGGGAAUUGAAUCCUGGCUUAUCUAAACUCAAGUUUACUAGGUUUAACUACAGAGUGUGCGGAAAUGUAUUGAUCCCCUAAUUGAAAGAAGAAUUUUUUAUUGGAUCUGAUUUUAAUAUUAGAACGAAGUAUAUCAAGUGUUCAAUGUACCAUUUGGUUGAUUCUGUGUUAUGAGAUUUACGCAAUCUGUGUAUCUAACUUGUUUCUUAGCAGUCUUUGGGACAACUUUUGCUGUUUCCUUUCCAUUCAUAUGGGCACAGACUGCACGAUAAAUACAUAAAAGAGAUUCAGUGAGAGAUGACGAAAGGUAAAUUCCCAUUUUUUUUUCUAAAAUUUUACAAUUAUUAUUAUUAUUAUUUUUACACUUUUGUUCUUUCAUUUUCUGUUAACUAAAAGCAAAUACAGGAGAAUGAACAAGGAUUGAUACAAGAGUUAUACCCUUGCUCUAUACAGAUGUUACGGUUAUGCUAACUGCAAACUAUACUACGG